AAGUGGUGGUGGAACAACAUUCGUGAUUUAGAGUUCAUAGGAAGAAGACGUACGAAGUGCAUGGAUAACUUUAUCUUUUUACGAAUCAAUAUCGGUUAAGUGCUCAGCAGUAAAAUAGUGUUAACGUCGCUUCUACUGAUUGUGUAUUUUUCCUAAAAUAAAUUAAAAGACUUCAACAAUGUCGUUCUCAAAAGCAAGAAUCCAAAGAUUUAACGAAUUUGAAAAUGAAGUUCCUCCACCCGGAGCUUACGAUCCUAAAUUCGACGUUAAGGUUAAAGGUAUCGUUAUCGAGAAAUCAGACAGAUUUCAUGAUAACAAAAGCGUAGUCAGCGCUGAACACGAUUUAUCAGUUUCUGCUAAAAGUAGGAGCAACGUUGUUGCGAGUUUUAGAACGCCACAACUUCCGCGUAAAAAGGUAUCCCCGAGAUCGUGUUCGAAAGCGAAGCCACGCGCGCUUAUUCCAACCAGCACGAAGAAAUUAAAAUAUAAACCUGAACAUCAGCUUGCGGAUCUUCAAGUGGAAUGUACGAACAAAAACAAAACCAUACAGGAGCACGAAAAGCUCAUCGAGGAUAUGAAAACGGAAUCGCGAAUGUUAGAAUUGCAAUUGGAGGAGUUACGUCGAAAGCAAGCCGACACGGAGGAUCAACACAGGAAAGACAUAGAGACGAUGGCUAAAUUGCAGCAAGACGUAUUGAAUGGUCAUGUUGAGAAACAUCAAUUAGAAAUAGAGCAUCUUCGUUGUCAAUUGUUAGAAGUUUCGGAUGAGAAAGAACGGGAAAUUCAAGCUAGAAAAGCGGUAGAAGAAGACCUUAGGAAUCGGAUUGCGGGCUUUACGCAAAGAAUAGUCGAGUUAGAAGCCGAAUUGGUCGAUGAGAAACGCGCCAACGAAGAAAAAAUCCAGGCACUCGAAGCGCAAAUAGAAGAACUUUUAAAAAAGUUGCAAGAUUUAACGGAAAGACACAAAUGCGAAGUCAGUUUGUUAGAACAGGAUAAAUCUGAAUUGAAUUCUUUCAUUAAUCAUUUAACCGACGAAAUCGCGGAAUGCGAAGAAAGAAUGAAAAAAACGAUCGCCGAGAGCGACGAGAAAGUAAACGCGAUCAAAGAAGCAAAAGCUACUGUAGAAGAAGAAAUGCGAUUAACCGUGGAAAGAUACAAAGCAUCUUUGGCGCGAGUAGAAAUGGAACGAACAGCAUUAGACGAAAAACUAGCGCAGAAAGAUGCUGAGAUUAAUAGACUUUCUGCGAUCCUUGAAGAAUUAAAGUCUUCUGCAGAAACUCAGGAAAGCUUCAGUCAAAGUUUGCAAAUGGAGUUAGAUCGUGCCGAAACUGAAUUAGCUGGAAAAAAGGAGGAACUGAGGGCUUUAAAAGAUCAGAUUCGAUCGGAAGCAGCAGAAAUGGUGGCUAGAAGGAAGAGAUUCGAAGUUAUAAUGGCAGAAAAUCAAGCAUCGGUUGCUGCUUUAACUAAACGUUUAGCGCAAAGCAAUGCCGAAAUAGAACGGUUGCAACGCGAGCUGAAACGUGGCGAAGACUGUAUAAACGAGCAUCGCGAUUUAUUGAGUAUCAUGCAUAACAAUUCACAAAUGGUACACGUACAAGUACACACCUUAAUGGAGCAGUUAGAUGCUAAUAAAGGAUUAGUUAACCAACUAGAAGCUGAGAGUUUAAGCGAGGUGGAGUCGAUCAGAACUAUAUUUGAAGCUAAAAUCGAAGAUUUAAAACAAAUAGUAACAAACGAAGUAACGAAAUUAAAGGAUGAUUGCGAUAUAAAAGAUGCUGAUAAUGCUGAGAUGAAGAAACAACUUCACGAAAUGGCUGAUCACCUCAACGAAGCGCAAAGCGUGCUACUCAAAAUGGAAGAAAGGUACGAUGCUCAAGAGUUGGAAAUUUCUCGAGUGGAACUGCUCAACGUUAAGCUUAACGAUCAGCUGAAAGCUAGCAAAGAAGCUCUGGAGGAAACUACCAAAUUUUUUGAGACGCAAUCCGCAAACCAUAAAAUCGCGUUGAGCGAGGCAAAUGCUAAAAUUCAAGAGCUGUCCGAUAAAAUUAAAAGUCUCGAAGAAAAAGAUAAUAUUAUACAGGAUAAAACCAAGUCUCUUGAAUAUGAAAGAGCCUCUCGAGAAGCGGCCGAAGAGAAAAUAAAAAAUCUUCUUGAACACAACGAGCGUCUCGCAAAAGAUUACCAAGAGAUUAGUGAGAAGUAUGCCGAAUUACUUGGUCAUCAAAAUCAUAAACAAAGAAUUAAACACGUGUCUCAAUUAAAGGAUAAAAUUAACCAACUAGAACAGGACUUGCGCGUCAAAAUACGGAUAACAGAACAACAGCAAAAAAUCAUAGAAAAACUGAAAGCAGAAGAAAAACGUACGCACAGUAAAGGGAAGGAAAAUAUGUUAGGAAUUCCGAAGAGCGCUCACGCAACGCCCGUUUCUUCCCCGCAUAAAUCAUUGACUCCUCUGAGAGAUCGAAACGAUUAGUAGUUGUCAUUAUUAUAGGUAGAAUGUCUAUUUAUAAUUAUAAUAAAUUCAUGUUAAUUGAAAUUAUUGUAGAAGUAACUGUAAUCCAACUAUACAUGCACUGAUUCAUAUGAAUAUGUAUCGUACAUUAGUACUAAAGUUCACAGCAAGUUCUGUUAGGAGAAAAUUUUCAAAUCAGUAUCUGGUGGACUAUAGUGUAUUUCUAUAUUAGUAACAUGUUAAUCCUAACAAGCUUAAUAUCGAGUUUACGUAUCCAACGCAUUUUACGUGAAAUGAAAUGUUCAGUUUGGUAGGUUCCGUUAAAAGUCUGUGAUGAUUAUGUUUAGUUGUAAAGUUUAUAUUUUUAAGCAAUAUGGAAUAUCUACUUGUACAUGCAAUUUGUAAGCUCAACGUUAAAAAAAAAAAGAA